AUGGAUGUUAUCAGAAAGUAUUUUUGGAAACAUUUUAGUCGUGCGGUUCAAAAUAUCGUCACUUUGUUCCUUGAGAGUAUCUGGGGUCCAGUCACCAUGCUGCAAAAAUCCACCCAAAAUCAUUUGAUCGUUGGAAUAUGGCCGCUUGAUGACGUAGGUGGCCGAGUCUUUACCCCAGAACAUUCUGUUUUCCAGAAUAUGUGGUGCUUUUACCACCACAACCUGUCCCCGCGUGGGGUACACCAUGGUGUCUUCUACACCACCCAAACUUCUCGCUCCAAUGCCACUGCAAUUUACUACGGCGAUCGUGUCUGGGUAGUAAGCCUCUGCUAUGUGAUUGAGUUUCUUGCGGUUGACUUGAACACCUUUUCUUUGGAGAUAAUUCAUCAUAGAUUUGAGAAAAAGAGGGCAGUUGAAAUUCCAGCUCAAAAACCUAAUACCAUAUUCAUAUCCCUCAGGAAGGUCCUUAAGCUCCUCAUAGUCGUCCAAGUAGCUUCUGAGUGA